GGGGCGAUAAAGCACAAAUUCGCCAGAUUCCAACCGGCGGAAAAAAAAUAGGAAGAAGGCGCUACGAUAACACAGUUAUGCAAGAUGAUUUUGGAUUUGAUCUGUCAGAAUAAAACAUUGGGGUUGUGGCAUUAAUAAAAAAUAUCAGUAGAGAGCUGAGCAAACUUAAUUAUCCUUAUUUGGAAGCAGUGCGAAAUUGUCACCAUCUUUUACCGCAGAUCUGGGUGUCUUUUGGCAUUGUGCAUAUCAAGACACCGUUUGUAAAGUCUUCAAACAAUCUGUAAGGCUUCUGUGCUGUAAUUGUCACAAGCAGUGUCAGGGAUCAAGUUCAGCCAUAAUCUGGUAGACAUUCAGCUUUAACUCAAGAUGCACUCAGAUCUGUCUCCCCAUCUUCAUACUGAUGAGUGCAAUACACUUAUAACUCUUCUCAAGCAAUGCCACAAGGAGCACAAUGUUCGCAGGUUCUUUGGCACAUGUAAUGAUCUGGACCGUGCAAUGCGUGAUUGUCUCAAAAAAGAGUAUAAUAUGAAAAGGGAGCACAGCAAGGCCCAUGCAGCAGAAAUGAGGCAACGUCUAAAGGAAAGACCAAAAGAUCAUCCCUAAAUCAGGCUGCUUUGGAACACAGACCUGCUCCAAACAUGAACUGGCUUCAAGUGUUUCACUAAUAUGGUGCCUGAAAAUUGAAUCAGGAUCCCUUUGAAUGUUUUUCAUUCGAAGAUUUAUUAUAAAAAAAUUGAAUUACCAACAUUACUUUAUUUUGGGAAUGUUUUGCUAUAUGUAUUAAUUAAUGCACUUAGUGAUGCUUUAAGAAUGUUAUAAAAAUAAAUAAUAAAAAUCUUGGCGACACACCA